GUUUCAGACUCAGAUGUUCAUUCUGCUCGCAGAACCCGGAAAGUAAAGUCGACAUAAGAAGGUUGUCGAAGGCUUCUAUAACAUUGGCGCACGAAUAAUUCGAGCAUCGAAAUAAAUAAGUUUGUACUCAAUUUUAGAAAGACCAAACUCCAUCUCUGACUGAAAGUACUAAGGACGCUGACUUCUGAUGAUGUAUCACCUCAACUCGGGCGCCAUCUAAUUUUUCAUCUGGAUACAUCUAAUAAUACACUUCAGCUAUGAAGCAAGCCAGCGUUGCGAAUACCAAAGGACGUCGUAAAACCAUUCGUCGCAUCUGCAAAAAGCGUAUGCAUCGAAGCAGCAGAAGAUACUACACAAAGCUCAUGUUCAAAGCUCUCAAAUCAGGCAACGUACCUAUGGUGAGUCAGUUGUUCAAGGACGGCGGUCUGCUUGUCAACAGUCGUUCGCUCGGCAUGACGAAUUUGCACCUCGCCGUCAAGUACGAUUUCAUCCCCGAGGCCAUUAAACUGAUAAAUCUUGGCGCCGAUGUUCGCCUUAAGACUCCGGAAGGUGAAACCGCCUUGCAGUUCGCCGUUACCAACAAGCGCCAUUCAAAUAUACUAAUGCAGAUGAUACCCAACGGUUUUAAAUACGAGUUCAUGAGAUUCUAUGGCUUGGAGUCGUUACGCUUUGCCGUCGCAAACAGAGCCACGAGCGCCAUUAAAGACCCCGCUGAUACCUCGGAUGCUCUCUAUAGGGCACAACAGAGAUACAGUUUUGUGAAGCUGCUGUUGGAUGCCGGGGCCGAAGUAAACACCAAAGACGUUAACGGAUGUUCGCCACUCCAUUGCGCAGUUUAUACGGGCGAUUUGGAGCUGGUAAGAAUUCUCACCCGUGCUGGUGCCGACAUCAACAGCCAAAACAAUAUAGGUGCCACGGCGUUGCACGAUGCCGUUUUAUGCUGUGACGCGGAUAUGGUUUUUUGGUUCCUCUGUGCAGGCGCGAACUUCACUGCUAGGACCCUCGAUCUGGGCAACACAGCUCUGCACUGGGCCACGAUGCUCAAUAUCGACAACAGUCAUGAAUGUAUAAUAAAAAUGCUUCUGGAGUUUGGAAGUGACUUGAACGUACCUAACACCUAUAACUGGACGCCCUUCAACAAUGUCGUCCGGUUCUGCGACAUCAACUUGUUGAGAUUCUGUAUCGAUGAGUACAAAGCAGACCUGAAAAGGCUAAAUAUUGACGGAAAUAGCGCCCUAACUUUCGCGGUCCAGAAUGUCAACAAAAACGUGACGGACGUGGUGUUGGAAAGUGGACUCGACGUCCUGCACAAGUCAGACGAUAACCGAACACUUUUGCACUUCGCGAGUGAACUAUCCAUGCUGGAUAACGUUCGAUACCUGAUCUCAAGGGGUGCAGAAAUCAACGCCAAGGAUAAAAAUGGUAUAACGCCGUUUCUUUUGUGCACACUGAAGAUACACGACAUUUUCAGAGAAAACUGGCCGUUAGCCCUUGCACGAGCCAGUUACACGAUGGAAAGAAAACAGGUGAUGAGACUGCUGCUGGAACUUGGAAGUGAUUUGAAUCUCAAAGUCUUGGAGCAGAAGCCCCAGGACACGCAAUCGGUCUUCGAGCUGGUAAUAGUCAUGGAGGACACCGAGGCGCUGCAUAUGAUCAUUGAGUACGUGGCCGAAGUCGAGGCAAAGACGAACAAGAAGCAGUUCGACGAUUACAACCUGAAGCUGAUUGACGCUCAACCGGAGAUCAAGGACUACUAUCAGAAGUGUCAAGAUGAACUUAAAACCAUGAAGACUACCAAGAUCGAAGGUACCACUAUCACGUACUACUUCGUACUGAAGGAGCCGCUUGACGUAGUGGCUCGGUAUACCAGAAAUAAAGAACUCGUCGAGCAGUUCAAGCACAAUCUCCACAGCUUAUGUCCGUUUUAUGCGUCGCAGUUGGAUGCAAAAUUAAACGCGGCUAUUGCUCGGCAAAAAGUUAUCGAGAGGGGCUGUUCGAUACUGAGCGAGUUAAUUCCGUUUGCUGAUUCUUCCUGCAUUGCGUAUGAGAUCAUAUUCAAAUAUUUGAGCGAGGCAGACGUUAAAUUGCUCAUUGGUAGCGAAUUUCAUUGAGAAAUCCUACUUUAUCUAAAUUUUUGAACUUAAUCUUUUAAGUUACUGGACUGCAUAGCUUUAACAUAAAUAAAGAAAGUAUUUCGAUGCUGACAAUUUGUUAAAAAAUAUUAAUUGAUGACUAUUACAUUGUAGAAUGAAACAUGAAUAAACGUUCCAUCCGCAACUACA